UGUUUUUAUUAACACAUUAAAUAUAAUAUAAUUGACAGGCAACAAAUAUUCUCCGUAAUUAUUUAAGCAAGUUAGCAAAAGAUAAAAAUAAAAUGCAAAUUAGAGGUCCGCAGUCCGCAUUAAGCUGUGUACGAGCUGGCACACAUAAAACCGGUCUCAAUCGUGAAACACAAAUAAAUAAUCAGUAUUUCUAUCUUUCGAAGCUGUAACUUUAACAAUUUAUGUAUUAGUAUUUUUAUUACCUUCCCAGUAAAUAUGUACAAGUUUUGAACUCCCAGUCUCAUGUUAUAUUAAGGAUAGAAAUAUGCCGUCCAUAUUCGUCGCUUCGUAAUUCUCAAGUGUAUCCAUUUUAACAGUGUUUACAAUUGUUUUAGCGUUACUAAGCAACGUAUCGCGUAUGCCACGCUUACACUUAAUCAUAGAUGAAUCUGCACGAUCAUAUGUCAAGCAUUUUAUUUAUUUAUAAAAAUUCUAUUUGCAUAGCUUUGUUGCGAUAACAGACGCGAAUCAUGUUGACAAUACGUUAGUAAUAAGUUUAUCUUUGUUCAGUUGAUUACCGAACGUCGAGUACUCGAAGCUAUGCAGAAAAUUCGAUCGUGAGAGAAUCGAAAGUAACGCCGCACGCGAUCGUAACACGCGUUGCCGCAUUUGGCAUUUAUUUUUCUGGGUCAAACUCCCGACCUUGCUCGUUUCCGACGACUAUGACAAACGUCAAUGCUCCGCAGCAUUACGAAUGUUAUGAAUUCGAAAAUAGGGUACAUACGUGUGAACCAAUUGUCACUGGUUAAUCUUAGUGGUUGAAUUUGAUUAAAAUUAAUCUCACGGGUCAUUGAAUAAAGGAUUGGAGGCAGUAAUACAGAAUGACGCUUUAAAUCCUUUUCAGUUCAUAUUGUAAUUUGGGAUCGAUUUUCUAUAUCAUACCUAACGUCAUCGUGACUUACCAUGUUUACUUUCUUUACCUUAUUACGUUACAUAUAGUCGUCGAACGAGUCCCCUAAUUUGCGAUACCAAUAUCCAGAAUACAGAUCAUACGAGUUUCGCACGCACGCAUACACGACGAACGUAUUUCUUUGCAAGUCGAAUUGAUCGGAAACGCGAGGACGAUCGGGAAGAUUCCUCGUGACGCAUGUACCGCAAAUUUUCCGAUAAUGGGAACAAAGAGUGAAUGGGAGAAACGUUUCAUCCUCGUGCUGUUACAAGCGUGUCUGGUUGCUAGCUAUUCAGACCAAGACGUAGAACUCAUUACAAAUUUGCUCGUAUUCAUUUCACUUCGUUCCCAUUCACCCGCACCAUCGUUCAUAACCGUUCGAAUCAUUUUCUCUCGUUAUAAAAGAUUUUAUAGUGAUUCUAUUGUUAAUUAACGGUUUCUUUAUUGCAUGGGUUAUUGGCGCGCUCACGGUGUUUAUUAAGGGUGCAGAUUUAAUUAAGCCGGAAAAGGUAGCUGAAAUAAAAUUGAGUAGAAGUGAAAUGAAAGUUUGGCGAAUGCGGUAUAUAAUCACAAUGUUAUAUAAUUAAAAACAGUAUCAUUUUUUCAUCUGGUAUUAAAAUAAUAACAAAAAUGUUGAACUUUAAUUGCAAUAAGAUAUGAUUAAAAUUAUUGUAUAAUAUCGACAUGUAUGUUACCUUUGGUAAUUUCGGCCUCUAAUUAAUGGAUCAAUCAAUAUUAAACUAUCACUCGAGUAUUCUAUGUAUCAUAUUCCCAAAUUAUUUUUAGGUAUCCUAUUGAUCGCACAAAAUUUUCCAAGUAUUCUAGUAGUUUUACAGAACAGUAUACAUAGAUAGAUUUUCUAACGCAAACAUUUCUCACGAACAUUAAUCAACGAUUUCGCGUAAAAUGUAUCCGCGUAUAUACACAUAGAUCGUUGUCAAAUAUUUUCGAGUUUCUGUGAAAUCAUCCGAACAGAUGUUGACGUCCACGGUCAAAUUGUACUGCUGUGUUUGUUCGGCCAUGAAUUAUUCACGAGAUUGUUUUGCGUGGCUGCGGGUAAUUGCGGGCGAAAAUAGAAGGCUUGAUCACGAAUCGCGGCGAAUUCUCGAGAAGCUAGGAAAAGGUGAUUCUAGUCAGCCUGCUAAUGUCAUUGCGACGAUACCUGUAACAAGAUUAUUUGCCUCUGUUGCCCAAGGUUUCGUGGACUUGUAUCCUCUUAACCACGUCAUUCAUAUUGAACGUUUUCACACGCACGGUACAAUACAAAUGGAAAUAUUCUUUUUUUUUUCCUUUCAAUUUCAACGAUUCGAACGAAGAUUAUUCGUAUCGCAAAAUUUAUCGCGGCCGAAUAAUUUCUUUCUUUAGACGGUUAUAUUCGUGACUCAUUUUACAGCUUUCUCUUUUAAUGUUCGUGUCUUCUUUUUUCCCUUUAAUACGAUGUAAUCAUCGGUGUUCGUUGCGCAAAGGAAAGAGUGGAAAUCUUUUGCAAACCGAAGUAUGUAGAGUACUUUGCACUCGAUCAAUCGAAUUUGUAAUUCCUUUUUCUCUUUAUUGCAAUUUUUGUUCAAGGAUUUUAAUGAAACCACCAUCCGGGCACUCUGUUUUUCAGUAAACGCCGCCCGUAUGCAUUUAAAUGCACAUAUAAGUACAUUUUAUGCACUCGUGCACCGCGCGGCGAAAUUGUGUCGCGAAAGUUGAAACGUCGCGGUCGGGGCAAACGUUUCCUAGUCGAACGAACAAAAGAUUGCGGAAGUUCCUUUCGAUCUGCAUUUAUGAUUCGCGUUUCCGCUUGAUAUACAUACAGGUUGGCGUAACUAGGUAGGGUCGAGGGUGGACUCCUCGCUAUUCGAAAAUCCUAAGGUUCUAGGGUUCAGAAAUUCAAAAACUGCAAUAAUAUCAAUUAAGUAUUUCUGUGGUGUCAAGUACUAGUGAUCCCUAGAGUAGCUAACGUUAUUACGAUCGUCAGAAUGAAAAUAGUCAUAGAGGUCACAUUACUUUGUAAUUUUUCAAUUGAAGCUUUCAAUUCGCUACCUGAUCAUCGUCACCUAGCAAUUUUCUUAUUUUUUUCAGCAGCGUCGAUCGCUGAUCUCUAUAAACGCGAACACGAUUAAGCUUAAUUUGAAUGUAAAAUACUUGUCUCGAUCCACUGACGCAAAUGAGUUUUGCAUUCGAAUUACAUAUAAUUGUUGAAAUUGCGCUUAAACGACGCGCGUCGCGUCGUUGUUUAAAAACACUCUCGUUCGUAGCGUGACACGUGUAUGCAAAAAGCGGCGGUGCUCUCGCGUUUCUGUUACGACGCUCGUUGAUAUGCAAACGAUGUGCAAAUUUCCGCCUUCUAAAACACGCUAAAAGGUCCCAUCGCGUUCAAGCAAUUUGCUCGCGGCACUCUUAAGCAGCGACUUCGAAUAAUACGCUUUCACGAGGUCAUUGGAACGCUUUAGAAUAAAAUCUUCGCAAAGCUCCGUUAAUUAGCAUUUCGCUUUACUCGCGUCCGUGUGUCUUUCUUCAUUUUUUUUCUCUCUCUCUUUUUUUCCAUACCGUCUCACUGGAAGCUUUUAACGACCAAGUAAACGUUACUUCAAAGGCCGAAGAUCUGGAAUUCAGAUGUUGCCAUUGAGGUAACAUAUCCUCUGCGGUAGCUCGUCUAUCGUACCACGUUCCAUUAAAUAUUCAGUAUUCGAAACUCGAGGGUGUUCAAUUUAUUAACAUGUUCACCGUGUCGUCGAAACUAUCUCCCUUUAAAGUUAGGUCAGUCACAUUGUUUCCGAAUCUCGUUACCAUUGCUGAGCGAGCGAUGAACAAAGCAAAGCGAGAUAAUGUACAGCGAACUGCAUACUUCGAGCAGCGUUUCCUGUAUUCCGCUCCGGCAAACUACAAGCUUAUACGCGUGCAACGCAAUUUUCUACAGCUUUUUUUCCCUCCCUCUUUGUUUCCUCGAUUUUUUCGUAAAUGCAAUAACGCUGUACCUUCCUCCGUACCUAUCCUCUCGGUCCGCAGUUGGCAGCGGUAUGCUUUUCAGCUUCGGAACAAAAGCGUAUCGCAGAAAUGGGUUGAAAAAAAAAAAAAAAGAUGUUCAAUCGAUACCGAUUCGCGUUUCAUCAACACAGCGGGGAACAUUUUAUAGGUUGCGAGCGAUCGAUUCACCCGAGCAAAGUUCACCGCUACAUCUAUUAUUAAAGCUGGCCAGUAGCUCGAUCGUCGAUCCAGUUAAGUCAGUUCAUUUUACGCUGUCGUACUACCAGUUGUAAUCUACCAUUCUCGCGAUAUGAAAUCCUGUAUACCGCGAAUAGCGUUCACCAUAUCCUGCUGUGUUAUCGUUAAUUUAGAUCCUACCGAUUGUAUUUUUCUCAAGUAAUUAUUCGGAUGUGUAUACAAGGCUUUUUAACGCGUCAACGCGUUAAUUGAAAAUUCCUCGAAGUCAUCGUAAAUUGCAAUGACUAUAUUUUACAGGAUUCGUUGUUCUUUCAAUUGUAGGAGAGAAAAAAGGCGUUUCGUCUCGGGAUCGUCUGUCAGACUCGUCAGUGGGACUGAACAGACGAUACCCUGUCUCAGACACCUAUCAUACCGUAAUUCGGAAGCACUAUUUGAAUUGCAUGCCGGGCGACCGCUUGCGAGAACAUUGUCACCAAACUCUCGCCGCCACCUAGCGGUCCUCGGCCCGAACUAAAGGCGUCCGGGGAGACGAAACCAUCUCCCCCUUCAUUAAACGCCUUCACAAUUAUCCUACUAACGCCUACACAUUGUUAAUUCGUCUUAAAGACACUUUUCCGACUAGUCGGUGUCUUAAACUCUAUCUAAUCGGUACUAAUAGUCAUCGAAGAUGCGAAACUAGGACAAAACUCGACGUAGAACGAGACGGAGGUCGUAGCGAUGAAAGUUCUCCAGGUUUCUGAACUUAAUACCUCUUGACCAGUCUUCACGGUUAUAUUAUUGAUGGGUUUCGUUUCUCUGGAGAAACGGAGGACUUUGAUCACGUAUGCCAUCGAGCCAGCUUACUUUCCACGAAAGAUCUAUCGCUUGCUUGAAACAUCGAGAUAUUACAUUAUGUAUUCCUUUCUAUUCCUUGGGAACAUUUUUGUUCCCGUGUAUCUCCUUAGACCUAGUGAGCUGCGCGAGUUAAGUGCGGUCACUCGUCAACUGCAGUAUAGUUAAUUCGCAAUGGGUAGAGAAACCUCAUCGUUGAACCAAAGAUUCUUGAAGAAGCAAGAAAUUAAAGAAGAAGUUACCUUGAAGAAUCCUUCUUACAAGAAACUUUCAAGCCAUUCCACUUUUCUGGAAGAGCCAAUAGCAAAGAAGAACCAACCCGUUCGAGGUAGAAAUUUAAAAAAAGAAAAAAAAAAGAAAAUGACCCAUAUGCUGCUUCAGGAACCCGGAUGGAAGAUCGAACGCAAAGGAUCUGCACUCCUGUUGAGGAGGGACAGUUCUCAUCCAAAAACGACUCGCGUUUGUUUCCGUUGCGACGUGGAAGUUCGCGAAUUCGAGCGUGACGAGGAUUACAUGGUGGAGACGGAACCGGAAGCAGCUGCCAGCCCGCUGGCAAUGUGUGCCAGUUGUUUGGCAGCACUCUGCGUGACCGUGAUUCUACCUUGGUUGUUAAUCGGCGGUUAAAGCGCCACCCGAUGACUCGUCACGAUCUUGGGGGGGAUGUUGGGCGAUUGUUACGGAAAUCUUGCUACCGGAAGUCCGAAGAAUCGUCGAACGGUGUUCCUCGACGGGUGGACUGAGAGAUAAAGCUUUCGGAGGGUCAUUCUGGUCUGUUGACGGAUCAAACUUGACUAUGGGGAGAAAGAAGGAGAUCUAGACUUUAAUAUCUAAGGGUCGAAAUGGAUACACAGAGGUUCCUAAAUCGUAGCUUGGUACAACGAGUAUUAGCGACCUAAACAUCCAUCGAUUGGCAAGAAAGAGGAAGAAUAAAUUUCUGGACCGAAGGGGAUGAAGAGAGAAGAGAAUUUUCAAGAGAACGAUUGCCUUCGUCUACGAAAAAAGAAAACGUUACGACCGUGUCUUUAUAUCUAUUCGCUGACCCGUGUAGUUUUCUUUCAAUCGUUUCGUUCGACGUAGAAAAUACAUGUCCCGAGACAAAAAGCUGCCUCUGUUAGACUGGCUCUGCGGGUUCGAGUAGAUUUCGUGAAAGUCGAGAGAAAACGUAACUCGUAUAUGUAUAAGCGGCAGACUUUUCUGCCAGAACGAGAGACACAUCAAAGGGAGGAGACACUGGGUCUGUAUUUUGGCGUGCAUUAAACCUUGCUAGUUUCACGACAUCGACAGAUCCUCUGUCAGUUUCACGAAACGGAGACGAAACUCUGCCAAACGAGGCCACUCGUCUCGCAUCGUUCUUUUGCAAAUAUCGAUACGCUGCAAGUCUGUGCAAUCAGUCGUGCAAUUCCAUUUGAUCAGUGAAAUGUAAUCCACGGUAACGAGAUCGAUCCAGCAGCUUCCCGUUCGCAUUCUUUCCUACAAUUAAGCCAUUUUCGUAGCUCGCUGAGAAAAGUUGAUUUUAAAAUGCGAAAUCAGCAGACGCGGGGAAGUUCCACGUCGUGGAAAUCGACGAAUCGACGAACUUUCGAAGAAUUUCGACGACUGCCGACAGCGUUACACUUCGUAGCUACUUUUGUCGAAAGAGAAAUACAGAACGAGAUUAGUGGAAGAAAUGUUCAGAUUUUAAAGGUAAACAUAUGAUACGAUGAGAAUCUGAUUAUAAUAAAGUUGAAUUUGUCUAGGUAUUUUUUUUUUAAAUAUCUGAAUAUACAGUAGAUGAGAUAAAAUAAUUGGCACACCAAGUCUCAUUAUAGUAAUUGUAAUUAAGAAUUAAAAUGUUAUUAUAGUAUAUACUCUAUAUAAAAUAGAACGUGUAACAAAUAAAACUACAAUAUGAUAACUGCUUGUAAAGUAAACCAAGGUGUGCCAAUACUACGUAUUCUGAUUUCACUGUAUUUCAAUUAACCAUACAAAUUUCCCAACGAAUUUAGUAUCUCGUGAAAAGGUCUUCGAUAAAUCAUCGGUGUGUACUCGUGCGGGAAUUUUGCCAGGCAGAAAUAGAGAGUGAAAGAGGUCUAAAUAUAAAUUCAAUGAUUGAUCGUAUGUAUGUAAAGACGGGUAUAUUCGAAGCGUAUAAAGGUACGAACGUCUGUGGGAUAACGUGUUAAACCUCUAUUGAACGAACCCAAUCGAUCAUUGUAAAAUACUAUUUGUUUAUGUUUCUAAUAAAACCCCAAACAAGCUAUGAAAUGUCAUUGGUAUAUUUAGCCCUUGUUCUUCUGUGUCAUCGCCAGUUAUUCCAUUUUUAUUCCCAACAAUACGUCGUAUAUCAAGUUUCUUUUUUUGUUAAGAAAAGACGAACGACGUUGCCAAUAAUAUAUUUUAAUCUCACAACAGAACAUACCGAACCGACGCACACCGAUUUCAAUGAAACUUAUCUGAAAGAUAGUUCUCAAGAAAAUAUUUGAUACGUAUUUUUUUAUAUCGGUCAUCGUUCACAUUAAAGGGGUGAUAAUAGCUCUCAAAGUGAAGGGUUGAGAAAAUAUUUUUGGAAAUAUCUCCGAAAUUAAAGGAGAUAAUAGGAAGCUUUCUUUUCUUAAUUAUGGAUCAUUAAACAGGGAACUUUUUUGCAUAAGAAAAUUUUAAUAAACAUUAUUCGUUAAUUUAUAAUUUUUGUUUUAUUUUUUUUUACUAAAUGUUAAUCUAUUUUUUUGCAACUUUGUGUAUAUAAAUUAUGGACCAAAAUAGAGAAUACGUGUUUUUGAAAUUUUUUGUUUUUUUGCAAUUUAGCGAUGAUUAUUAGAUACAUAAUUAGAAAUCACCUCCUGCGAAGAGGGGUAAUCGGGCUUGGUUUGUUAAAAGUAUCAUCAUUUUUACAAUCUUUUACAACAUUCUGAACGUUAUAAACUUUUUUAUAUGCCAUUAAUUGUUUCCUCAGUAACUGGAGAAAGUACCGCAGGUAUGAGUGUCACGCGGUUCUAAUCACCGCUGUAAAGUAUAUGGGCUUUUAUGGUCAAUACCGCCUUUGUACUUUUACGGCCGUAAGACCUUCAGUCGAAAUACAAUAUUUAGAACUUUUGGAACCUUCGAGAUUUUUAAGCAAUUGAAACUAGAGUUUUCCUCGUUGUAAGUUUAUGAUACUCAGCUCUGAAAACAGCUUAUUGUAUUAUAAAAUUCACGUUGCAAAUAUUUCCUUUCUGACAGAGAAUAAGGUUACUGAAAAUGAUGGAAAUCGUAAUAAUGACUAUUGUACCCUUCACUUUGAGGACUAUUAUUACCCUUUCAAUGCGAACGAUGGUUGAUAUAAAAAAAUACGUAUCAAAUAUUUUCUUAAGAACUACCUUCCAGAUAAGUUUCAUUGAAAUCAGUGUGUGUCGCAUCCCCUGUCAGUUCGAUCAAUCAUCUGAUCCAUUAGAAUUUUAAUCAAUGUAGCAAUAAUUGUUAUACAAGCUUUUAUAUUGAGAUUUUUCUCUCUGUUGAAAUAAUGCUUUCAUAAUCUUCUAGUAAUAACAACCGCGUUUCUUUGUUAUUGCCUCGUGCGAACGUUUCGCUCCCUUCAUCCGCGAUUACAAGGGAUAUUUCCAUCGAAAUGUAACAACGAACCACGGGACAGAAUGAAAUCUCGAAAAAUGCGGUCGCUCACAUAAAUUUCGCUCAAUUGCACUCGCAUUUCGACCGCGAGCCUCGAUAAAACGUGCGAAUUUAAUUUCUCAGCUACCUCGGUCGCAUAAAUACACAUUGUAUCUGUCCCUUUUCCACGAAUUUCCACCCCUCCUCUCUUUUUUUUAUUUAUUUCCGAUCGAGGUAGGUUUCCUUGAUUAUUUAUGUUCACCGAUUUCCUGGGAUGCGAUGUCAGAAUGACAAAUGCUUUUCGAAAGUUGCAACCACGUCAGUGGUGGUAAAAGAUGUUUCGUUGUUCUUAUAUUUGAGAGACAAUCAAUCUUAUCUUUGAGCAAUGAAACCGUAACUAUGCGUUGAAGGAAAUCAUUACAGUAGGUUAUAAAUACAUUUUUAUCUUCUUAAUACAAAUAAAGGAAUAAACGUAGAUGUUAACAAUUU